UGGUUUUUGUCCACCAAACCCACCCUUACACAACCAAUCAUUCAAUUCGGUUGAACAGAUUCGAUUCUUGUUCUUAAAGAGAUUAUGGACUUUGUUUGUUCUUCUCACUUCUCUAGUUUUAUACAAGUAUGUGUCUUAAUUCGGUUUGAUCUGAUUCCUUGUUCGUUUAAGACAGGUAUCCAAUUAUACAUGUAAGGUCAAUAACCACAAUCAAGAUCUAAUCCAGUUUUGACUUUCAUAUAUUAGUUUUGAGUUAAAAGACUUAUUCAAGUUAUGACAAGUUGACAACUUAACAUGUUGAAUAAUAGUGCUUCGAGGAUUCAAACAGAUAAUAAUAUUGAGAAAAAUCAUUCGGAAACUCUCUCUACAGAAAAAAGCUUUCUCAUGGCGGCUUCUACCUUUUCUUCUUCGUCUUCUUUUGUAGGAUUGAUUCCAUCACGGCCUUUAGUGUUCAUCAAGUCACAGGAAGAAGAUGUGAGUAAAGGUCUGAUCAAUUUUCUCGAACCUAUCUUAAAAAACGAAAAUAUAAAUGUCUUCAUAGACGAAGAAACAGUACGAGGAAAAGAUCUAAAGAAUCUGUUUAAAAGAAUCCAGGACACGAGGAUCUCACUGGCUAUCUUUUCAGAGUCAAAAUGUGAUUUUAAUGAGCUACGGAAGAUCAAAGAACCCGUCGAUGAAGCGAUUCCUAUAUUCUACAAGGUAGAUGCGAUUGGAGACUUGGCUGAUCUCCAAAACAGUUACACUCUCUCAAUGUUAAGGUGCAAGAAAGAUCUCAUAAAUUCUGCCGUGGAGGAAAUGAGUAGAUUGCGAACAACAAGCUUGGAAUGUCACAUAGGCGAAAACUGGGUGGAUAUUCAAGCUGGAGUUUUGGUGGCACCGCCUAGGAAUGCGGCCGCAAAGAUGACUUUCACCAUGUAUCAAUAUGUGACCAGUGACCGGAAGAGCGGGCUCCUGGUCAAAGGUGUUGCUAUUCGUCCCAUGCCUUAAUUAAAGCUAAAGUAAAAACUAUAUGUUGGAUAAUUUUAUUUAUGAUUGUGAUUACAUGUAGUAGACUACUUUUAUGGUAAACAAUAAAUCAUCAUUUAUAAUACCCAAGCUAAUACCCAAGCUAUUCAUUUUGAUUGAAA